AAUAUAAACACGCCAAUAAACAGGGUGCGCAGCACCGUGCGAGCAUCCAUCUGAGCUGCUCACGUCUGGAUUCUUUCUGUGGCAUAUGUCUGGCUUUGGAUUUUAAAUGGCAAUCAGACCUCGGGAAGAAUCCAGCGUUAACUACAGCAUUAGAAGCUGCAACCGCACAAUUAAUCCUCCCGGAGUGGCAUUGCUCCCUCCGAGAUUCCUAAGCGCAGCAGCCAGCUCUUUAUCUCUAGGAAAUGUAAGCUGGGGGAGAUGCGGGGCUGGAAGGGCUCCCUCCCUCCUCGGGUCUUGAAUGAAAGGAGACACCAGGGCCCUUUACGGUUCCCGAUGAUCUGUGAUAAACAAUAACCCGUCUAUUAUUUCUUUAAAAACCACCCCAACAACAAGGAGACAAUCAAAUAAAACGAGCAGAGCCCUGGCAUUAAACACGGGGAAGGGCAUUGGCUUUAUUAAUUUCGUGACACACACACACACACGGGCUGCUCGGGGAGGUGAGCACGCAUCGCUUCCGGAGAGUCCGACCGCGGGGAAAGAGGAGCGAUAAUAAAAGCUUCAUCUGGCCGCUGCCGCAGCCGGGGUGUCAUAAACACCGCCGUGCAGAGCGGUGCGUGGGGCAGAACGGAGAGAGCCGGGAGCAGCCGCCUGCCCCUCUCCGGCCCUGCCCCGCCGCGCCGCUCCGCACGUGUGCGUGUGGCUGGAAAUCCAUAUCGCACAUUAAUAUCCAUCCAUAUCCCAAAUUCAGAGGUCGACCUGAGAGCAGCUCGGUGCAUACGAAACCAGACGGGGAGGGGUUGCUGGGGAGGCCCGGGCUUCCAUUGGCUGCAAGCGUUCGCCGUGGUGCGGGGGUAUCUCUAAUCAUAUUCAGCAUGUUUUGCACAAGAAAUGUCAGCCAGGAAGGGCUAUCCGCUCCCUUCGCCAAAUUAUUCCACGACAAUGUCAUGCUCCGAGAGCCCGGCUGCAAACUCUUUCCUGGUGGACUCGUUGAUCAACGCGGGCAGAGGGGACGCGGCGGGAUCAGGAGGCGGAGGCGGAGGAGGAGGCGGCUACUACCCGGGCAGCGGGCUCUACCUGCCACAGGCGUCCGAGCUGUCCUACGGGCUGCAGGGCUGCGGACUGUUCCCCGUCCUGGGCAAACGCAAUGAAGGUACUUCGCAAAGCAUGGUCCCCACCACGCACCCCUACGUGUCGGGGAUGGAAGUGUGGCUAGACCCGCCCCGCUCCUGUCGCAUGGAAGAGCCGGAGAGCCAGCAGGCCACCUCGUGCUCCUUCGCUCAAAACAUUAAGGAGGAGAGCUCCUACUGCCUCUAUGACUCAGAGAAAUGCCCCAAGGGCUCGGCCGCCGCCGAACUCGCUCCCUUUCCGCGGCUGAGCUCCGAGGUCAGCCCCUCCGCCAACGGCACCGGGGUGCCGGUCCCGGGUUACUUCCGCCUCUCCCAGGCUUACGGCACCUCCAAGGGCUACGGCGCGGGGCCGGCCGGGGCAGCUCCCUUCGCUCCGCAGCCCCCCGGUCGCUUCCAGCCGCCGCCUUCGGGGCCGCCCGUGCCGGAGGCGGGCAGGAGGGAGGACGAGGAGCGCUCCCCCAGCCCCUCGGCGUGCGGCUCCCAGCGGGAGGACGAGACGAGAGCUUCGUCCUCCACCGCCGAGGAGCUCUCCCCCGCGCCGUCGGAGGGCAGCAAGGCCUCUCCCGAGAAGGAGCCCGUAGGCAAUUCAAAAGGAGAAAAUGCAGCAAACUGGCUAACCGCAAAAAGUGGCCGAAAGAAACGGUGCCCCUAUACCAAGCAUCAAACUCUCGAGCUGGAAAAGGAGUUUCUGUUCAAUAUGUACCUGACCCGUGAGCGCCGCCUAGAGAUCAGUAGAGCAGUCAACCUCACAGACAGACAAGUCAAAAUCUGGUUUCAGAACCGCAGAAUGAAACUGAAGAAAAUGAACAGAGAGAAUAGGAUUCGGGAGCUCACAGCCAACUUUAAUUUCUCUUGAUGAACCUAUAAACACAUCUUUAUGGUUUAAAGAGCCAGUAUCAUUUUCCUAGGCUGUAGUCAUCCGCACCUGUAUGGAUUAACGAUUUUAGACGUUCUCAGUAUGUCCUUAAACUCUUAAUAGCUGCUUCGGGGCUGCGGGGGGAGCGGAAGAAAGCCAUGCUAAUGUUGAGGGCCAUGUGUGAGCCUCCUCGGUUCCUGCAGCCUUUCCCGGGCCCGCUUUGCUCUUUCAAGCUUUGAAAACCCAGAAAUAGGAUUUCAGGAGCUGCAAAUAUUCCCCCCUCCCCCCCCCCCCCCGUGUCUCUCCGAAAAGUAAACGAGCUCGGUUAAAGGCGCAUUCUUUUAAAAUAUAGGCGGUGUAACUCGGACUGUAAGUAGCUUCGGAAUGAAUUAUUUAAGCCGUGCCAUAUUUCUAUAUAUUGGGAGCUCAGCUUUUUCCCUCUCUGUUUUCCUUGUCUCCCCCCUCCCCCUUUAUCCUUCCCAAAGCAGGACUUGCAAUAAUGAAAUGCAGGCAUCCUUUAAAAGGGCUUCAUGGGAACCGGUGUUAAGAGCGAUUUUUUGUUCUUUACCUUGAAAGUCAAUAUUACGGCUUUGAAAUUGGCCAGGAAAAUGAAAUCUCUUCUCUUUAAAGAUAUAAAACUAAGUUCGUCUCGCUCAUGGACUAAAUUAUGACACUUACCUCUGAAUUUCUCUCUCUCAUUCUGGUUGUAGAUAUUUACGUAACGUAGUUUUGCUUAAAGACGUGGAAUUAGUGAUAUUUUUGUUGGUCGAGAAAUAGCGUUACCGUUGGUAACACGGGAUAAGCACACAACGAUUCCCCCUUGAGUAAAGAGAAAAAAAAAAGCCGUCACUUUUUCCUCACUAAUUUCACUGCAAAGUGUACAUCCUGAACAUCAAAAGGACUUUCUGAGCCAGAGCCUGAGAUAGCGAGGGAGAGUUCGUCCGCCUUCCUUUAUACUGUGAAGUUACGUGCAUCAAAGGGUCAAGCGUAUAGGUGAAAAAGAUUAGAAAGAGAAUUUAAAAAGAAGAAAGAAAGAAAGAAGGGGAAAAACUAUAAAUACAGAUAUGUAUAAAUGUCUAUUAUUAUUAAAACGCCGAUACCGUUUUAAGCAAAUGCAUUCUAUCGUUAUUAUAAAUGUUAGUUCUAGCUAUAUCUAGUUCUUACCUUAAAUCGGAAUAAAUUAAUACUGUAAUGCUGCUGUGCGUGAAAAAAAAAAAGACGAUGUUUAUGUUCUCAUAGAAGAAUAAAAAACGUGGAAUGAAUCCUUUUAA